AUGUCAAGAGUAAUUGUCAAGGGUCUGCCCAAAUAUCUUACCGAAGAGCGGUUAAAACAACACUUCGUAAAUAGAAUCGAACAAAGACGUCAGGGGACAGAAACUAAGGAUCUCAUCACAGAUGUGAAGUUAAUAAGAAACAGACUUGGAGAAUCAAGAAGAUUUGCGUUCCUUGGCUUUCGGUCAGAAGAGGAUGCGUUAGAUGCAGUUCGGUAUUUCGACGGAUCUUUCAUUGACACGUCCAAGAUAGAAGUGGCGAUGGCCAAGACGUUUGCCGAUCCUAGCGUUCCAACGCCCAUGAAGGAGAAACGUCGUGAAGCUUUGAAGAGACUAAGGGAAAAAGAGGAAAAGCUUUUAGAAGAAACUCGAGCGAAGAAGAAGGCUAAGGAAGAAUUGAAAAAGCCUUCGAUAGACGCGGAAAUCCAAAAGAAUAAGCAACUUCAAGAAUUUAUUGAAACUAUGAAGCCAAGUUCGCAGCUUAAAUCUUGGGAUACACUGGGUGGUGCAGCUAAUAAUUCGGAAGAAGGGGGAAUCACGCCAUCUGAGGCCCCACCAGUCAACUCUUUGUUGUCACAGGCGUUGGCGCUGAGGGGGGAUGACGAAACUCAAUCUAAGGACGUUUUCAAAGCUUUGGAAAAUGAGAGUGAUGACGAGUAUACAACCUUGGAUAAGGUCGAGAAUGAAGAUGAGGACAAGGAACAGAUGGUAAGCCUAGGCUCCUUCAAUUCUGGUGAAAGUGAAACUAUUCCUGAAGACGACAACAUUGCACAAGAUGAGAAGGUUUCUGAUUUAGAUUGGCUGAAACAGCGUCGUGUCAGAAUUAGUGAGCAUCAAGAAAAUAAUGGUGGGCAUUUAGAUGGCACAGCUGUACAGAAGAAAGAUUCCAACGAUGAAGAGAACCAUGACGUCGGUACCUCGGAGAAUCAAAAAACUGACCAGCAAGAUGUAGAAGAACAAUCCAUAUCAGAUGAAGAGAAAAUAAUACAAAAAAUCAAAGAAACAGGUAGGUUGUUUCUUCGUAAUAUUCUUUACACAUCAACUGAAUCGGAUUUCAGACAGUUGUUUUCUCCAUUCGGUAAAUUGGAGGAAGUUCACGUUGCUUUAGACACAAGAACCGGAAAGUCAAAGGGAUUUGCUUAUGUGCUUUUCAGUAACCCCGAGGACGCUGUAAAUGCCUAUAUUGAAUUGGACAAACAAAUUUUCCAAGGAAGAUUACUACAUAUUUUACCUGCAGAUGCUAAGAAGACCCAUAGGCUCGACGAAUUUGAUCUUAAGAAUCUUCCUUUGAAAAAACAAAAAGCAUUGAAAAGAAAAGCGAAUGCUGCUCAAGAAACGUUCUCUUGGAACUCUUUAUACAUGAGUCAAGAUGCCGUGCUCAGCAGUGUUGCAUCAAAACUGGGUGUGGAAAAGUCCGAUCUGAUAGAUGCUACCGAUUCUGGCGCUGCUGUGAAGCAAGCUUUGGCUGAAGCCCAUGUGAUAGGUGAUGUUCGGAAAUAUUUUGAAUCCAAGGGUGUUGAUUUGGCAAAGUUUUCUCAAUUUAAAUCUCCCUCUGAAAGGGAUGAUUGUGUCAUAUUGGUCAAGAAUUUUCCCUUUGGUACUACUAGAGAAGAAAUAGCAGAACUCUUUUUAUCUUUCGGUAAACUUCAACGAGUUUUGAUGCCGCCUGCGCGUACGAUUGCUAUCAUACAGUUUCGGGACGCAAGCGCAGCAAGAGCCGCAUUUACAAAACUUUCCUACAAAAGGUUUAAAGAUGGCAUCCUGUAUCUUGAGAAAGGACCCAAAGGCUGUUUCACAAGGAAUGCUCAAGAUGAUGAGACUGUGGAAGCAGGUCAAGAUGAGUCAAAUAAGGAUGUAAAAGAGGUGAGGGCAACUGUCGAUGAUGUUAUGGAUGUCAGCAAGCGUCCAGCCGAGCCAGAGAGCGAAACGGUUUCCGAAGAUAUAUUCGAAGGACCCACAGUCUCUAUUUUUAUAAAGAACUUGAACUUUUCCACGACGACCACAGAACUCUCUGCUAAAUUUAAACCGUUCGAAGGAUUUGUCGUUGCGCAGGUUAAGACAAAACCAGAUCCGAAGCGCCAAGGUAAGACAUUAUCCAUGGGUUUUGGGUUUGCCGAAUUCAGAACUAAAGACCAAGCACUAGCUGCGAUUUCUGCGCUGGAUGGAAGUGUUUUAGAUGGCCAUAGAGUUCAGCUAAAACUGUCUCACAGAGCAGGCAGUGCGAAGAGUGCUACAAAAGGUUCUAAGAAGAAGACUAGUGGUAAGAUUAUUGUCAAAAACUUGCCAUUUGAAGCAGCCAGAAAGGACGUCUUUGAACUAUUCAGUUCAUUUGGCCAGCUCAAAUCUGUCAGGGUUCCAAAGAAAUUUGACAAGUCCGCGAGGGGGUUCGCAUUUGUUGAGUUCUUACUACCAAAAGAAGCCGAAAACGCAAUGGACCAAUUACAAGGUGUCCACUUGUUGGGUCGUAGGUUAGUGAUGCAAUACGCAGAGCAAGAGCCCGAAGAUGCAGAAGAGCAAAUUGAAAGGAUGACAAGAAAGGUGAAAUCCCAAGUUGCUACCAGAGAACAGGCCGCUAUGAGAAAUGGUGGAAAGAGAAAACUUGAGCUUGAUGACGACGUGGACGAAAACGAUGGAUUGAAUGGUAUAUAA